AUGGAGGUCCCUGAUUCUGAACGUAUUGCUGCUACCCUUUAUUUGGGAAAAUCUGUGGUGGAUGAUAAUCUCAAGACAAAAGGAGGACUCCCUGGAUUUCAUCUAAGUUUUCUUUUAGCAACUCUAGAUGUUUUGGUUAAGGAAGAAAAUUGGAAGGCUUUCAAUGUUGUUCUAACUUGCAGCGUUUAUGGAAUUGUUUUGUUUCCCAACGUGGUUGAUUUUGUCGAUAUAAACGCCAUUCAUAUCUUUAUGAUGCGGAACCCGAUACCAACACUUUUGGGGGAUAUUUAUCAUUCCAUUCAUUAUAGAAAUCACAAAAAGAGAGAUAUGAUGGAGAAAUUUGAGGUGAUUGUGAAUUCUGGAGAGUUUCCUAAUGUGACUCUGAUGGGUGUUAGGGGAGGUAUAAACUAUAAUCCCAUGCUACCUCAGAGACAAUUGGGCUAUGCUUUAAAAGGACUUCUAGAGGAUAGAAGUAUACAAGAGUCUUUGUUCUACAAUGUGGCUGAUGGUGUUGAAAUGAUGAAGAAAGCUGCUAAGGCCUGUAAUCAUAUUUCGUGUAAAGGAAAAGAGUUCUUUGGUAAGAAGGAUUGUGUUGCUUAUCCUCCUUACAUGGACUGGAUCAAAGAUAAAGUUCAAACUGUCUUGUUGCCUUUUCUGAUAGAGAAGCCAUUGUAUCCUCAAGAGCCAGAUCACCCUGAUUUAAUGCCUAGAGAGCACUUCAAUAAAACUUUGCUUUUGAACAAGAAGUGGAAGUAG